AUGGCUCUCCACAAACGCAAAAUUGCUCAAACCCCAUUAUGUCCUAUAUGCCAAGCUCAUGAGGAAUCUAUUGAGCAUUUGCUCCUCUUUUGCCCGUGGGUCAAAUUGAUUUGGUUUGGAGGCCCUCUUAAUUAUAAAAUUGACAAGCAGGGAAUUACCACUUUUGACCAAUGGUUGCUGAAAUGUACCAUGGAUGGGCUCCAAUCUAAGGAGGAAAAAAGGCGCAUAUCUUACAUUAUUGCUGUUACUUGCUGGAUUAUUUGGAAAUCAAGGAACCGUUUUGUCUUUGAUCAUUGCAAACCACAACCCCUCUUGGCCAUCAAAACCAUUCUUUCUCAAGUGGAGGAGCUGGCUGCGUUGAAUAACAAAAGGAAUGUGAGGAAGCUUUACGAAGGACCCUCUCCAAAUCCUACCUCUUGGACAGCCCCAGAUGCCCAUGUUAUUAAAGUUAACUUUGAUGCUGCUUGGUUGGCAUCCUCUGGCAAAGCAGGAGCAGGUCUUAUUGCACGAAAUGCUAAUGGUGAGUUCGUGGGAGCGAAAUGCCUAUCCUUUCAAGCGGAAUCUGCGAUCAUGGCUGAGGCAAUUGCUGGUUUGGAAGGUUGCAAAUGGGCAUCUGAGCUGGGCUUAUCUAAGGUUUGCUUUGAAUUUGACUCCAAAGAGCUGGUUGAAGUUCAGAGCGUGAAAGGAAACAUAAAACGUGGAAGAUGGAAUCUAUACCCACUUAUAUCAAGGAUUCGUGAAUGCAACUCCAUCUUCUCAAACUGUAACUGGGCAUGGACUGGUAGGAAAAACAAUGAAGCGGCAGAUCAUCUUGCGUCGCUGGCACUAUCGAGGUUGAGUCCGGAAGUCUGGGUACCCAGGCCCCCCACCUCUCUUGUGCAUAUCUUAAAUCGUGACGGUCUUCCCUGCCCUCCUCGAGCCUCCACAUAG